CCACACGAGUGAACGCAUCAGAUCAAAUCAAAGCAGCAUCUCUGUAAAACAGCGUCGACUUUGAGAAACAUUAGAGUGUUAUUCUAAAACAUUCGUGCUUUCAUUCAUUCAAGAGGAGCAUCAGAACAUCGAUAUACCGAGAGUGGAACGGAGCGGAACGCUGCAUGUUUCAAGGGUUUUUACACUUGAUACAAAGCGGACAUUGAACUGUCAGGCACGGCAAGAGCAAGUAAGAAGCUGCUGUUUCAGAACAACUCUAUGAGUACAAAAAUGGAGCAACCGUUUUAUCACGACGACUCGUUCCUUUUGGGCUACGGCCACUCCGAUGCCGCGCUACACGACUAUAAACUCCAAAAGCAUGGCAUGAACUUGAGUCUGUCCGAGCCUUAUCGGAACCUCAAAUCGGACCUGUAUCAGACCGGCCCCGCUGAUGUCGGGUCUCUCAAACUAGCCUCGCCAGAGCUGGAGAGGCUCAUCAUCCAGAACAGCAACGGGGUCCUGACGACGCCCACCCCGGGACAGUACGUCUACAGUCGGGGCAUCACCGAUGAGCAGGAGGGCUUCGCGGAGGGUUUCGUCAAGGCUCUGGAUGACCUGCACAAGAUGAACCAGAUGCCCCCGCCCAACGUGUCGAUUGGAGCCGGUGGCGUAACGACGUGCUCGACGACUGCGUCCGUUUUCGGCUCCUCCCUGCAAUCUGAGCCUCCCAUUUACACGACGCUAAACGCAUACUGCCCAGCGCCGAGCCACCCGUCCGCUACCAUCAACUAUCUACCGCCCCACAUCCAGCAGAACCAACACCCGGAAAACACGCACGCGUUCCAGCGCUUCGUGGCGUUUAAAGAGGAGCCCCAAACCGUUCCGGACAUGCACAGCAGCGACGGCUCGCCGCCCAUGUCCCCGAUCGACAUGGACAACCAAGAGCGCAUCAAGGCGGAGCGCAAGAGGCUGCGAAAUCGCCUUGCGGCAACAAAAUGCCGCAAGCGAAAACUGGAACGCAUCGCGCGCCUGGAGGACAAAGUGAAGGUUCUGAAGUCCGACAACGCCGGACUGUCCAACACCGCGUCGGCACUUCGGGAACAGGUGGCCCAACUCAAACAGAAGGUCUUGAGACACAUGGACAGCGGCUGUCAGCUCAUGCUGACCAGCAAACUAGAGGCGUUUUAAACUGAACGUUAACUAUUGCAAACACAGAAAUAACACUGGAGAACUGUUUAAGCUCUACAACUUAAGGGUACUGGGGAGUCACCAGGUUUUGGACAUUGUGAAAGGGUGUUUCCGGUGGUGCCGAACCCUCGUCCAGAGCAGAACCGAACGGACACUGAGCUCCCCAGAGCCGAGUACGAAGACGAAAUAUGGUUUUUGUCAUGAUCAAUUGUAUGUUGAAUCAUGCAAACACAUAUUGUUGCGCAACCUGUCCUGAACUCAUCAUAAAUUAUUAUUCUAGUCAGGUUGAUCCUGACCUGUGUCAACAAUGUCACAAAGUUUACAAUGUUUUUUUUUAUUUUUUAUGUGUGUGUGUUUUUAUGUUUAUUUAAGUAAAGAUAUUGAAAUAUAA